GAAAUUCUGUUGUGUGUGGAAACGCUGGUUCAAUCCUAACGUUAAAGAACACCAUGGUUAGGCUAUGGGGACAUAUGAUACAUCUUCAGCUGUCAUUCGUGAAAUGAAGAAAUGUAGGUUUGCUAAAAUGUUAGAUCGCAUUUGACUGCGCUUAUUAAAUAAAGAAUAGACUGAGUGCCUAUAAGGACUUUAUUUCAAGCAAAGGUAUGCGGCUGGGAGCUAUAGCGCUGAAAACACUGACAUGGGUUUUAAAGUUGGCGCUCUUGCCCGAUAUCACUGGAUUUCAAUGUGCUGUAUCUGCAACCUCAGUGAGAUAUAAACUACCAGGACACGUUCUACGUGCGUGUCAAAACAAAAUUACGCAGUUGUUUAUUACCAACAUGGAAUGAACACUCGUAUCUCAGUUACAAGGGAAGAUGUCCAGCUGUUGAGAACUUUCAACUACUGCUCAUUUGUGCAGAUAAAGGAAGAGAUUCGGACCGAGUAGGAAUCAAGAUUCACAGACCUGAACAGAAGUCUGAGUUGAGAUGGGAGCUGGCGCAGGGGACCAGUCAGGGGCGCACCCACCUGACGGAGGCUGGGGGUGGGUUGUGCUGCUGAGCUGUUUCGUGGUCACCGGGUUUUCUUACGCCUUCCCCAAAGCAAUCAGCGUUUACUCCAAGGAGCUGAUGCGAGACUUUGGGGUUGGCAACAGCGACACUGCCCGGAUCUCGUCCAUCAUGCUGGCAAUGAUCUACGGCUCAGGUCCCGUGUCCAGCAUCAUGGUGAAUAAAUUUGGGUGUCGGCCAGUGAUGCUGAUCGGGGGCGUACUGGCAGCAGGUGGCAUGGUAGCAGCUUCCUUCACCACCAAUAUUAUACAAUUUUACGUCACUGCCAGUGUUAUCACAGGUCUGGGCCUAGCCUUGAACUUCCAGCCCUCCCUCAUCAUGAUUGGGCACUACUUUGAUCGACGGCGCCCGCUGGCCAAUGGCCUGGCAGCGGCGGGAAGCCCGGUCUUCCUGUCGGUCCUUUCCCCUCUGGGACAGGUGCUCGUGGACCAUUAUGGAUGGAGGGGAGCGUUUCUCAUAAUAGGGGGACUUCUGCUGAACUGCUGCACCUGUGGGGCCGUCAUGAGGCCCCUGGAAAGGAGGCGGAGGGGAGACCAGGGGGCGGGAGGAGAGCCCAACACCCAGCAGUCGAGGGAAACACAACCUUCCAAACUGAGCGACAGGCAGACCAAGAAGCAAAGGGAGCAGCCCCAGAAGAAAAAGCUGCUGGAUUUCAGCGUCCUGCGCGACAAGGGGCUUGUGAUCUACAUCGUCGCCAAGUUCAUUGUGGUUUUGGGCCUGUUCGUUCCCACCAUCCUGCUGGUCAACUACGCCAAGGACUUGGGAGUGCCGGACCGCGACGCCGCCUUCCUGCUCUCCAUCAUCGGCUUCGUCGACAUCUUCGCCCGGCCCACGUGCGGCAUCGUGGCGGGGCUGCGGUGGGUGCGGCCCAGGAAUGCCUUCCUCUUCAGCCUGGCUCUGGUGUUCAACGGGCUGACGAACGUGUGCUCGGCGUGGUGCACGGACUACCGGGGCCUGGUGGUCUACUGCGUGUUCUUCGGGCUCUCCUACGGCAUUGUGGGCGCCCUGCAGUUUGAGGUGCUGAUGGGCAUCGUCGGGCCAGACAGCUUCUCCAGUGCCUUGGGCCUGGUGCUGCUCAUCGAGUCCGUGGCAGUGCUCAUCGGAGCCCCCUUAGCCGGUCGCUUAGUAGAUGCAUACAAGAAUUAUGAGCUAGUUUUCUACUUGGUUGGAGGACAGUUAAUUGCUGCAGGCGUUUUCCUGUCUGUAGCAUCUUACUGCUGUCUUUGGCGGACCAAAGCAAAGGACACAGCGACUGUAGGAGACAAAGACGCUGAGGCAGACCCACCACUGACCGAUGGCAACUGCAACAUCGACUGGGCCAAACAUGAGGAAAACCACUGCCACGCUGUGACAUGGAAGGAGGGGGGGAUGGAGUAGAAUGAGAAGGAAAGUGGGGAGAAAGUGCUGAGAGAGAACUUGGGGUUCAUUGUUUAUUUUACACAAACACGCACACUCAACACUCACAAAUGCUCACAUGCACGC